UUGUCACCCACACAAAAGCAAUAAUCACUCUCUACAAAUGGCGGAAACGUUUUCAAGCGGCGAUGCUCAAUGUCUCCCCAUUUACGGUGGGGGUGGCACCACCGAUAGCAACAGCCCAUACGCUUUGCUUCUCCGCCUUCUCCGAUCUCAUUCACCAACCUCCUCAGAGCUCUUUAGUUACCUCGGUCUCUUCGUCUCCGUUGGAACCCUCCUUUUCCUUCUCGGCAUCGCCGUCACCGCAACAGCCAUAGGCUUCAUAGUGUUUAUUCCGUUGAUCAUCAUCUCGAGCCCUAUCUGGCUUCCUGUUUUUAUCGUUGUUGGUGUGUUCUUAUCGGUAGCUGGAUUUCUUGUUGGAACGUUGGCCUUGGCGUCGUGGACGUACCGUUAUUACCGGGGCAUGCAUCCGGUUGGAUCGAAUCAGAUGGACUAUGCACGUAGUCGGAUCUAUGACACGGCCUCUCACGUCAAAGAUUACGCUAGAGAGUAUGGUGGAUAUUUCCAUGGUAGGGCUAAAGAUGCGGCCCCUGGUGCUUGAGUCUUGACCUGAACCGGUCUGUAUAGUCUGGUUCAUGCGGUAUUAACCGAUCUUGGUUCGGUUUAUGGAGGGUGAACACGUUUUCAUGUCAGUAUUACGUUUUAUUUUCACGUUUAUUAGAAGAAAAAUAAGAUUAUAUUUGGUUUUUGUACAAGCUUUAUAAGAUUUUAAUUUGGGUGCAUACACGUUCGUCACUUGAAAUGUUAUAUUUCAUUUUGUCG